CCCCCGAACUAAAAAGAGCAGAGCGGAAAGAAGCCCUCAUUCGCCGGCCAGGAGGCGAGCCGAUGCCGAGCUGCACCGCGUCCACCAUGCCGGGGAUGAUCUGCAAGAACCCAGACCUCGAGUUUGACUCGCUGCAGCCCUGCUUCUACCCGGACGAAGAUGACUUCUACUUCGGCGGCCCCGACUCGACCCCCCCGGGGGAGGACAUCUGGAAGAAGUUUGAGCUGCUGCCCACGCCCCCGUUGUCGCCCAGCCGUGCCUUCCCGGAGCACAGCCCGGAGCCCCCGAACUGGGCCACCGAGAUGCUGCUGCCCGAGGCCGACCUGUGGGGCAACCCGGCCGAGGAGGACGCGUUCGGCCUGGGGGGCCUGGGCGGCCUCACCCCCAACCCCGUUAUCCUCCAGGACUGCAUGUGGAGCGGCUUCUCGGCCCGCGAGAAGCUGGAGCGCGCCGUGAGCGAGAAGCUGCAGCACGGCCGGCCGCCCGCCGCGGGGCCCGCAGCCCCGGCCCCGGGAGCGGGAGCCGCCAGCCCUGCGGGCCGCGGGCACGGGGCGGCUGCGGGGGCGGGCCGCGCCGGGGCCGCCCUGCCCGCCGAGCUCGCCCACCCGGCCGCCGAGUGCGUGGAUCCCGCCGUGGUCUUCCCGUUCCCGGUGAGCAAGCGGGAGCCUGCGCCCGUGCCCGCCGCCCCGGCCGGUGCCCCGGCGGCGGGAGCUGCGGCCGCCUCGGGGGCGAGUGCCGCAUCCCCAGCCGGCGCCCCGGUGGCCGCUCUUCCGCGCCCCGGCGACCACAAGGCUCUCAGCACCUCCGGAGAGGACACCUUGAGCGACUCAGAUGACGACGAUGACGAAGAGGAAGAUGAAGAGGAAGAAAUUGACGUGGUGACCGUGGAGAAGCGGCGGUCCUCCUCCAACAGCAAGGCUGUCACCACCUUCACCAUCACCGUGCGUCCCAAGAGCGCAGCCCUGGGCCCGGGCAGGGCCGCCUCCGGGGAGCUGAUCCUCAAGCGCUGUGUCCCCAUCCACCAGCAGCACAACUAUGCCGCCCCCUCGCCCUACGUGGAGAGCGAGGAUGCACCGCCCCAGAAGAAGAUCAAGAGUGAGGCGUCCCCGCGUCCCCUCAAGAGUGUCAUCCCCCCAAAGGCUAAGAGCUUGAGCCCCCGCAACUCUGACUCGGAGGACAGCGAGCGCCGCCGGAACCACAAUAUCCUGGAGCGCCAGCGCCGCAACGACCUGCGGUCCAGCUUCCUCACGCUCAGGGACCACGUGCCAGAGCUGGUGAAGAACGAGAAGGCCGCCAAGGUGGUCAUUUUGAAAAAGGCCACCGAGUACGUCCACUCCCUUCAGGCCGAGGAGCACCAGCUUUUGCUGGAGAAGGAGAAGUUGCAGGCAAGACAGCAGCAGUUGCUAAAGAAAAUUGAACACGCUCGGACUUGCUAAAUGUUUCUCAAAACUGGACAGUCACUGCCACUUUGCACAUUUUGAUUUUUUUUUUUUUUUUAAACAAACCUUGUGUUGACGUUAAGAAUGUUGGUUUACUUUCACAUCGGUCCCCGUCGAGUUUGGAUCUGGGUGGGGAGCAGGACAUGUGGGUUCCACCAGGACCUCAGGAGAGGGCCUGCGUGAUGGGAUGCUGGGUGGCCCUUAGAGUUUCCUCCAUGUCACCUUCGAGCCUGCGGUCGAAGUUCGUGACAGUUGGGAGCCUCGGGGGCUGUUGAAGUCACCUUGUUUGUUCCAAGUUUCCAGACAACAGAAAGUCAUUCCUUCUUUUUAAAAUGGUGCUUAAGUUCCAGCAGAUGCCACGUGAGGGGUUUGCCGUUUGAUACCCCUGGGGAACAUUUCUGUAAAUACCAUUGACACACCUGCCUUUGUAUACGUCCUGGGUAAUGAGAGGUGGCUUUUGCGGCCAGUAUUAGACUGGAAGUUCAUACCUAAGUACUGUAAUACCUCAAUGUUUGAGGAGCAUGUUUUGUAUACAAAUAUAUUGUUAAUCUCUGUUAUGUACUGUACUAAUUCUUACACUGCCUGUAUACUUUAGUAUGAUGCUGAUACAUAACUAAAUUUGAUACUUAUAUUUUCGUAUGAAAAUGAGUUGUGAAAGUUUUGAGUAGAUAUUACUUUAUCACUUUUUGAACUAAGAAACUUUUGUAAAGAAAUUUACUAUAUAUAUAUGCCUUUUUCCUAGCCUGUUUCUUCCUGUUAAUGUAUUUGUUCAUGUUUGGUGCAUAGAACUGGGUAAAUGCAAAGUUCUGUGUUUAAUUUCUUCAAAAUGUAUAUAUUUAGUGCUGCAUCUUAUAGCACUUUGAAAUACCUCAUGUUUAUGAAAAUAAAUAGCAAUUAAAUGA